AUGGUGGAUACUGCUCUAAGUGUGAUACCGACUAUUGUGAAUCUGGGAAUCAAAAUUUAUGAUGCCUUCGAGACAAAGAAAGAAAAUAGUGAAGAAUGUAAACAUCUCAUUGUUCAUAUCGAGAGCAUCAGGGACCAACUAGAUUAUUUGAAGAAAGUGACACGCGAUCAGGAAAAAUCCUUAGAACAAGAACUGUGUACAUUGAAGGAUCGGUUGAAAGAAUGCGAAAAAUUUAUCGACCAAUUUGGCAAAAAAUGGCUGCUCACCAAGCUAGUAUUCAACCAAGGUCAAAAUGAUGAAUUAAAAACUUUGAAUGUACACCUCGAUUCAUGUCAGAAGCAGCUUCACUAUAAGAUGACCCUCAUCUUCGAAGAUUACCGUCAAAAAGAUACGCAGAAGAUAAUCAAUACACAACAUAUGCAAAGCGCUGCGAUACAAGAAAUUCACCAUGAUGUGAAACGAUUGCUAGCAGAUCAACGACCUUGUACACCUACUUCAACCCGUGAACAAAUAAAUAUAAUUGAUCAAGUAAAAAAUAAAUAUAAAACAAAUUCUGGUAUUAAGCGUACGGUGAACGAGGAAAAAAGUUUCCCAAUUGAACAGAGUUACAUUAACUUGGCUAUAGUAGAAACCAAGGAACAGCAUGAAAAAGAGAAGAAGCUAAAGGAACAAGAUCAAAAGGCGAAAGAACCAGAAACCAAGGAACAGCAUGAAAAAGAGAAGAAGCUAAAGGAACAAGAUCAAAAGGCGAAAGAACCAGAAAAACAACAGGACUUUAGUCUAGAAAAGCAGCACGAUGAAAUACUCAGGACUUACGAAGAGAUUUAUGGCGUUAAGACCUCCAUUGAUGUUGAGAACAUUUUUCAACAAUGUAAAGAUCAAAUAAAAAAGGUAUUCGUACUUGGACGGGCUGGAAUUGGAAAGUCAACAUUUUGCCAGUAUGUUACCUACCGAUGGGCAAAAGGUGAAAUUUGGUCCGAAUAUGAACUGGUGAUUUUGAUCCGUUUAAGAAGAUUGACAGAUAGUCGUUAUCCGCCGAGUAAAAAAUACUCAGUGAAUCAUCUUCUGGAGAACGAAUAUUUCCCAUGUGACGAAUUAUCGCACGCACAAAUAAAACAUUUUAAACAACUAUGUAAUAAAGGACAAGUUCUCUGGAUAUUAGAUGGUUAUGACGAAUUUGCCCAAAAUAUUCCGGAGCAACUAAAAGAUGUGUUCGACCAUGUACGUGAGACACAGCAUCAUAUAUUAACAUCUCGUCCUUAUGCUAUUAAAUCAUCAUAUGACGUGAAAUUGGAAAUAACAGGAUUUACAAACGAUAAUAUUGUCAAGUAUGUUGACCAAUUCUUCGAUCAAACUAUGAAGGAAAUUAAUACUGAUUCGUUCGAGGCCCAAAAGCUUCUGAGAUUGUUAAAAAGCAAUUCUAGCAUUUGGGGUGUUGCCCAUAUUCCAGUGAAUUUAGAAUUGAUAUGUAGUCUUUGGAGUAAUAAUGAUUGGACAGAAACAACAGUAUUGACAAUGACAGUAUUAUAUGAUAAUAUAAUAGAAUGGCAAUGUCGGCGGUACUUAGCAAACAAAAAUAUAAAUCAUGAAGAUCUAACGAAGUCAGCUGUUUAUGAUAAAUGUAAUACGGAGCUUCAAUUUUUAGAAUACUUGUCUUUCAAAGGAAUGGAAUGCAACAAAAUUAUGUUGACACCAGCGUUUCUCAUAGAAGCAAAAGACGAUCUUAAGAGCUUCGCAAUUGACAUCCCACAAAUAUUGAAAAUGGGCAUUCUUAAAUCAUACGACGAUAAGGCAAUUGGAACUCAAAAUCAAACAGAAAAACAACAUUAUUUUGUUCAUUUAAGUUUUCAAGAACACUUUGCUGCACGUAACUUACUAAGAAUUCUCAAGAGCACUGACAGAGUAAAAGCAAUCAAUUUUAUCAACAGCAACAAAUACAACCAACGUUUCCACUUCGUCUUUGUUUUUGCAUCAGGCCUUCUAGCUCAGUCUCAUUAUAAAUCAUGCAUCGAGCCCUUUUGGUCAACCGUUCAAAGUGAGCCCAUAGAUCUGGUCGGAGUCAAGCAUAUAAAACUUUUAAUAGCAUGCGUUGAUGAAUUCAUCGGACAGACCACAGCCCCUCAAAGUACACCGCUACUACAAUCAAUAUCGAAGUGGUUAGCGUUCUGCGCUUCGCAUAAUGCGACUCCCAUUAACAAACAUUUGAUACAAUCACUUCAACAGACUAAUCGUAUACUCAAUACCACAAUCAUACAAAAAACGUUUCUCCAACUACUCGACACUGAAGACCCAAAUGAAGAACGUACCGUAUAUCUUUUCAUCGCCGAACUUCCAAUAACCGAGCCCAUCCCAAAACUACAAUCAAAAAUUCUAGCGGCGCUUUAUGAUAUGGGCCUCAAUGCUCGAGCAACAGCAUCUACAAUAAUAGGAAACUUCGGUGAAAAAGCAGCAACAAAUGGUGUCAUCGCUGCUUUGCUCAAUGCUAUACGCGAUGAAAAACAUUAUGUCCGACAGGAGGCGUGUAGCGCAUUGGGAAACUUGCGUGAAAAAGCAGCAACAAAUGAGGUGAUUGCUGCUUUAGUCAAUGCUAUGAGCGAUUACGUUUAUCGUGUCCGAUGGAGGGCGUGUGAAGCAUUGGGAAACUUGCGUGAAAAAGCAGCAACGAAUGAGGUGAUCGCUGCUUUGCUCAGUGCUAUGCGCGAUGAAGAAAGUUAUGUCCGAGAGGAGGCGUGUGAAGCAUUGGGAAAGUUGGGUGAAAAAGCAGUAACCAAUGAGGUGAUCGCUGCUUUGAUCAAUGCAACACGCGUUGAAGAGUAUAGUGUCCGACGGAAAGCGUGGGAAGCAUUGGGAAAGUUGGGUGAAAAAGGAGUAACAAAUGAGAUGAUCGCUGGUCUGGUGAACGAACUUGCUGGCAGGAUAGAUUAUGGUCACGAUACGUUUCUAGACAAGUGUUUGGUGCGAGCAAUGUGUUCAUUUGACGGAAUGAAACAACUUAACUCUGGAAUAGUGAAAAAACUAUGUAGUUAUAUUCGAAAUUGUACGAUGAUUGAUUUGACAGUGAUACCUUCGGAACAUAUGAUCAAGGUGUUUUUUGAUAGUGGGAAUGCUAGCUGGCUGGGUUUGGUUGUAUAUAUUGCAUUAUCGCAAGGAAUCGCUGUAACUGUUGAGGGAAGUUGCAUUUGGAUUUAUGAUGGGAGGGGGCCGUUCGAGUGUAAUGGGGAUCGUCCCGAAUUGUUGGCAAGUUUGAUAGAGGCGUUUAGAAAUCAAAAGAGUGAAAUCGAAAGCGGAUGA